AUGGUUAAGCUAGUUGAGUAUCCCCGUACAGCUACGUUUGCCUGGUCUAAUGAUAAGGUGCCGUUGUUGGCUACGGGUACGGCGUCAGGGACGGUAGAUGCAGAUUUUUCUAGUGCAUCUACUCUUGAGUUAUGGUCGGUGCUUUCCAGGGACGCAAGGACCCCCCAGGGGAUGAUUGUUGCUGAUGCGAAGUUCAAUGAUUUAGAGUGGAGCAAAGACGGGAGUAUUUUAGCAGGGGCUUUAGACAAUGGGGUUGUGGAGUUCUUUAAACCUGAGGAAUUGCGGUCUGUGGCGAAGGUCAAAAAGCAUACGACUGCGGUACAGACGUUACGGUUCAAUGCGAAACAGAGUAAUGUGUUGGUAUCUGGGGGCAGCCAAGGUGAGAUCUAUGUGUGGGAUACGAACAAGAUUGCAACGCAGGGUUACAGUCCGUUUGGGCCUGGUGUUGCGAUGACUCCGAUUGAAGAGGUGCAAUCGCUUGCGUGGAACCAGACGUUGGCACAUGUAUUUGCGUCUGCCGGGUCUUCAGGGUUUGCGUCAAUUUGGGACUUGAAGGCCAAAAAGGAAGUGAUUCAUCUAAGUUAUACAUCACCUACUUCUGGGCUGAAGAACCAGCUGUCUGUGGUGGAGUGGCACCCUAGCAACUCUACGAAGGUCGCUACUGCUACGGGCAAUGACAACGAGCCUGUAAUUCUAGUUUGGGAUCUUAGAAAUUCCAAUGCGCCUCUAAAAGUUUUAUCUCAGGGCCAUUCCAAGGGUAUUCUUUCGCUGGACUGGUGUCAGCAGGAUGACAAACUCAUGAUUUCCAGUGGCCGCGAUAACACGUGUAUUCUAUGGAACCCUGAAGAAGCUCAAAAGUUAACACAAUUCCCAACUCGUGGCAAUUGGUGUUUCAAGACGAAGUUCGCUCCUGAGGCUCCCGAUUUGUUUGCCAGUGCCUCCUUCGAUAACAAGGUUCAAGUACAGACGUUACAAAAUUUGGCCAAUAAAUUAGACCUGGAUGAAACAGCAUUUAAGCAGCAGGAGUCCGACACCGAAUUUUGGAACAAUGUAUCACAGAAUGAGUCAAAUGAAAAACCCAACGUGACAAAAUUACAGGCACCAGUAUGGUAUGGUAAUAAAUCACCUGCUGCACAAUGGGCUUUUGGUGGUAAACUGGUUUCCAUUUCUUCAGAUGGCCGGAGCGUUAACGUUACCAAGCCGUAUCUUGCAGGCUUUAACAAGAAUUCCUCGUUGGAUGAAGCCUUGCAAACCAAAGACUUUAUUCCUAUUAUCAACAAGCGAUUGGCCCAAACAAUUGAUUCUACAAACGAAGAGGACUGGGCGUUGUUAGAAAGCUUAUCCAUGGAUGGAAUGGACACAUAUUUGAAGGAGUCCUUAACUUUUGAUGGCGAUGAUACAGUCGACUUUUCCACGGAGACUAGGGAAGAAGACUUUUUUAGUAAUUUGACUGAGCGUUUUGAUCCACAUGGCCCUUUCGAACUAGACGAUUCAAACCCUGCCAUAAUCACAAGUUUAUUGAAAGGCGAUUUGACAAAGGCUAUCAAUUCCACCUUAGAACAUGGUCUAUUAUUAGAAUCAUUAAUUAUCGCUUUGAAUUCUGAGGAUGAGGAGUUAAAACAAAAGGUUAAAAACGCAUACUUUUCCAAAUACGCCAAUACUUCCUCCUUGGCAAGAAUGUUAUACUCUGUUUCACAGAGGCAGGUUGAUGACAUAGUCGAUAACGUACAUGUCUCUCAAUGGAAACACAUUGUUAGCGCAAUAAACACUUAUGCAAAGGACGAAAACAAGAACGAGUUUUUGAACAGGUUGGGUGAUAGGUUGUUACAAGCGGGGGAAAGACAAAAUGCUGUGACGGUAUACUUGGCAGGCAAUUCAUUAGAAAAGGUGGCAUCCAUUUGGUUGAGGGAACUACCAUCAUUGGAAGAAAAAUUCAGAUCUCAAAAGAGCACGCUUAAUGAAGCGCAUAUAGAGUGCUUGACCGAAUUUGUAGAACGGUUUACAGUCCUUUCCAGGUAUGUCAAUAAUACUUCUUCCACAACACUUACCAACGAUGAGUUGAUCUCUAAAUUUUUAGAGUUUGUGAACUUAACUUCUUUUAGUGGUGACUUUGAGUUGGCAUUGAAAUUCUUGGAUAAUUUGCCUGGAGAUAAUCCUCAAGUAAAGACAGAAAAGCAGCGUGUGCUAAUUGCAUCUGGAAAGUUCGGGAAUACUUCUACUGUUAGGAAGGCUAAAUAUGGAUCGAAUUCUUCCGUUGCUCCUGGUACUUCUAUGCCAAUAGGAGGCCUUCCUGCACCAAACCAGUUGGCUGACCGUGUGCCAGCUUACAAUGGUGCAGGUGCAAAUGCGGUGGGCCAAAAUAUGCAACCACUAAUGCAAAGACAAAAUGCAUAUGGUGCAACUACUGCCUACCCUGCCAAUGUUCUACCUUCAAACAGAUAUGCCCCAUCUUCUUCCGUAUCUCCUUCAACUACCACUCCUGCCAACACCCAUGCUCAACUGGCUGCUCCAAGCAACUCAUAUGCUCCCUCUACAAAUAACCCAUAUGCUCCUUCACCUAAUUUAGGUUUUAUUCCGGCAACACCAGGUGCAAACAAUAUGUAUGAUGCUCCUCAUCAGGGCAGAAAUCUUAGUCAGCAAGCCCCAUUAUCUUCUUUAGAUCCAAAUUCUCGGGUUCUGUCUGGACAAAAGCCUUACCUGAAUAAGAGUGCUAACAAUGGUUGGAAUGACUUACCUGAAAUUGUUAAGGAGAAGAACACUAGAGCCAAAGCUGUGUCUACUGCUCCAAUGAAUGUGGCUCCAGGGCAAGGUUUGCAAUCUACGGGUGGAUCUGCUACAAAUGCUGUUCCACCACCACCACCUUUGAGUAGAGUUACAUCCGCUACUAGCGUGGUAGGCUCUCUAUUACCACCCCCGCAAAGAACCUCCAGAACUCCAUCUAUGGUACAAGCCAAUCUGAACAACGCAGCACCGGUAAACCCAUAUGCACCACCUGCAACCUCUAAAAACCCUGCUUCACCUCCUACCAACCCAUAUGCCCCUCCAUCAUUCACACCAACGUCUAGCGCAAGCCCAUACGCUCCACCCCCACCCCCAUUAGCCCAUUCAGCGACAACAGCACAACCCAACCCAUACGGCCCUCCCCCUUCAACUGUUUCUGCUCCACCAAAAAGUGUCCCUGCCCCUCCACCAAAGUCCAAGACUAGAAAAUCUGCUUCCGGAACCGGUAAUAUCGAUUCUGCAAACGAACUGUUAACCUCUAUCCAAAAACCUCCGAAUGGCUCUGCCGCACCAUCAAGGCAACCCGGUCUAUCUUCCACUCCUGUUGACCCAGGUUCAAUUGCAGAAGAACCAUCCGUAGUUCCUCCGGAGCAGCAGUCCCUAAUUGAAUUCUUAACCGAGGAAUUAGCCCGUGUCACACCAUUGGUUCCUGCUGAGUACAACAAACAAUUGAAGGACUGCAACAAGAGAUUACGUAUUUUGUUCGGACACAUCGAAAAGCAAGAUCUGUUGUCUCCUCCAACAAUCGAAAAACUGCACAACAUAGUAUCACUUCUGAAGGAACGCAAUUAUUCGGCUGCAUUGGCUGUCCACGUAGAUAUUGCUACAAACCAUGCACAGGAGGCAGGCAAUUGGUUGACUGGUGUAAAAAGAUUAAUAGGUUUGGCGGAAGCCACUUCGGGUUGA